CAUGCAGAAUUGGUCAAAACAGCAUCAGAGAGUGAUGAUGAACAACCCUAACAAGCUGCGUCAACUAGGUAUCUCCGGAAAAGCAAAAAGAAAUUGGAAACCCAAAGGGUUGGAAAAAAGGUCUAUAGCCUAUGAUACAGAGAACGAUGGGGGAGAUGAGGAUGAUCAGGAGGGCAGAAAAAGAGAUGGAGCAGGGAGAUGUACACUCGGUGCAGGAGAUGGAAGAUGA